AUGUCUCAUAUCAGGCUGCCGUACCAUAUCGCUGCACAUCCGGUGCAGCUUGCUCAGAACUCGCUUUGCGCUCUUUACGCCAAGUGCUUUGCCCACUCCCUCCUUGCCUGCCGCUGCAGCAUGAAAAUUGUCUAUCUCCGCGCGGGCAUUGUCAGUAGUUUGCUUGUUCAUUAUGCCGAUCGCGCCUCGGGUUUUGGCAAAGCAGGGGUCACAACGCUUGGUUCUAACAUCGACCCUCCUACUGUGAAGAAGGAAUUGCGUCGCGACGAUGCCGAUGUAAACGAGGAAGAAGAGCGAAGCGUACCGAUCGAUCGGCCGAGUAUCUUGGCUGAAGAACUGGAGACCAUCACCCACUCUGUUCAUUUGCCGCCUGAAGGACUGCACACCAAUCCUUCUUACCAACCGGGAGCGUGGAUCGAAAAGGUUGAAAAGCUGAGGGAACGGCUUUCCGAAUAUCCAUCAGUUCCCAGUGCUAAUGUUCACGCGGAUGCUGCCGAGAAAAGACGAACUGAGCUAGCAGAGUGGUUGGUGAGAACAGUAGACGCUAAAUCUUUGUCGAACUUGACUGGUAAGACGCUGGACGUGUUCCUGCGUAAUUACCUCGAGCAAUUUGUUGGCGAGGCCAAUGCAGCAUUCGUGGUCUUCCUGGCAAAGCGCUCGCCGGAAACGCGCGCGACUGCAAAUUUGAUCCAAGAUGCGCAAUUCGAUAGGUAUGCGCGCAUGAGAGUGCCACCUGAAGAAUUGGAAAAGAUGUGGCGUAAGGAAGCGCACCCCGAUUCCAGCGCCCCCGAUUACGUUGACGAAAUGAUAAGCGAAUACAAGCAGUACUGCCGCGAUCGGGAGAUAUGGAUGCGGUCUGCUCAAAAGCUUUCUGGCAAGUAG